AUGCGCGGCAUCGAAACCGAAGAUGGAUUCCCCAUUGCUUUCGUAACAAAUUUUAGCUUUGCGGAUCCCGCUUCAAACUUCGGUGACCGCUCAGGAGUCAUUAUUGCACUGCUACAAGCCCCCACUUUGCAGGACCCUGACUUCAACUUCGGACGAGAAGGUCGUUAUCGAGGUGAUAUUGAUGUUAGCGAUAACAUGAUACUCGUUAACAAUUCAUAA